AUGUCUGGACUCAGAGAGUCGGCUUUCUUGCCGACGAUCAAGUGUUCAUCAUGUGGCCUGCAGGUCGAAAUCUCCCUGAUGGGAGAACACGUGUGUCCGUCUGUCGAGCUAUCGCCGCCUCCUGAUAGCAACGACAAGUUUGUAGAGCCGCCCCCCAGAUCAGCCGAUCGAUUGCCUGGCCCGGUCGAUAUAGGCGCAGCAAAUAAAAUGUAUAUGGCCCCAGGACCGUUGACCCCGGUGAGCCAACCUGGAGGCUCGCGCAGCGCCUCACCGAUGACGCCGUACAGACCAUCUUUUGCCGACCAAGCAAGAGAUUUUUUCUCAUUUAGCGCUGCUAAAGUAGACGAGCCAGCUCAGAUACCCGAAAAACAGUCCGACGCGAAUGGCCAUCGCAGCUCUAAAAGCAUGGCCGCCUUGACGUCCACACCCGCCUCCACCAAACCUCUCGGGUUCAUGGAGCGCAUGAAUACCAUUGCUCCCGGCCCCUUUGAUGCCAGCCAGCGGCCUUCCACUUCCCACGGAGCUUUUCCAGCAAAGAAGGAGUCGCUCUCCAGGUUUGGCUUACCUGUCUCAGAGGAGCCGGGUCGACUCAGUGAGAGACCCGGAACAAGCAGUUCCAGUUUGUCAUCUGGAAGCAGCAACAACAUACCAUCAACUCCGAAGCAGCCCCAGAAGAAUGGAUACGAGGGAUUCGGCCCACCCUCGGGGCGCUCGCUGGACCCCAAUGGCAUGGCACCGCCUAUGAGGGCUGAAACUUUCCCAAGGCCGUCUCCUGGUGUAGGAGAAACCCCCCGUCGCCCAUCUUACUCGAGCCCGCGGUCCCGAUUGCCUUCCAUGGGAGCCGAGGGAGAACGACGACCCUCUUUGGCUCCUGAUACGUCGAGGCGCCCGCCGCCUCGCAAAAGUCUUAUUCCCUCGCAUUUGCCGACGGCCUCUCUCAACUUGGCCGAAGAGUUCGGCGUUAGCAACCCAUAUCAUACGUCGUCAGACUCUGCCUCCUCAGGUUACUCUACUUUUAGCAACCAGAGCCAGAACACCGCGCAGACGAGCCCCCCGAGGUCUGAGGCGCGUAACAGCAUACCGGACGCACUUAGGGUAAGGUCACAGGAAAAGCCGCGGCCUGCGGAUCUUCGACUCGACCCGGCAGCCGAGAUACCUCUUCCUGCUCGAUCCCCGGUACCGCGUUCGCCGUAUCUCAUUCCAGAGGGAGAAGAAGAAGAGCGCGAUGACCCGGCAAUCCAGCCUGGUCUCGGCCAAUCAUUCAAACCCUACAGGGCAUUUAGCCCAGCCGCGGCCUCGAAUCCUACCCGACCGCCGCCGCCAGAGGCAGAAGUUGGACCCAAAAACGAAAGCUCUCCCAAACAGCCUUCCCCCAGACAAUCUUCCCCUAAGCAGCCCUCUCCCAGGCAAUCUUCUCCCAGACAAGAAUCUCCAAAGCAACCUUCUCCCCGACAGGAAUCUCCAAAGCAGCCCUCUCCUAGGCAAUCUCCUCCGAGACAAUCCCAGCCUGCACCGCCAGUAUCCCCUCCAAGACAGUCCCCUCCAAGACAAUCCCAGCCUACACCGCGUGAAUCCCCCCGAAAGGUAUCUAGAGACCUAAAGGCAUCCAAGGAUCUCAAACUUCCAUCUCGUGGUGACUGCAAAGCCUGCGGAGAACCCAUUACCGGAAAGAGUGUUUCGUCAGCCGAUGGGCGACUGACAGGAAGAUAUCACAAGGCCUGCUUCGUGUGCGCUACGUGCUCGAACCCAUUUACCUCGGCAGAAUUCUACGUUUUGAAUGACAAGCCAUAUUGCGAGCAGCACUACCACAAGCUCAACGGCAGUCUGUGUGGAACCUGUGGGCGCGGCAUCGAGGGUCAAUUCGUCGAGGACGAAUCUCGUGUCAAGCACCACAUUGACUGUUUCUGCUGCUUGGACUGUGGCCGACCACUUUCUGACGGCUACUUUGAGGUUGACGGUAGAGCCUACUGUGAACAAGAUGCUUUGAGGAGGACCCAGCCGCCGCCACCUGCUCCAUAUCCCCAAGGACCCAGGAGAGGCGGCUACGGAGGCCCGGGCCCCCGACCAUACGGCCCUCCACCUGGACGCAUGGGUCCAGGAGGUCCGGGACCUCGACCAGGUUACGGUCCUGGACCUGGCUUGCCCAGAGGACCAGGCCCCUACGGUGGACCUCCACCCGGCCGCCUCGGACCCGGCAUGGGACCUGGCAUGAGACCUGGUAUGAUGGGACCUCCCGGUAUGAUGGGACCCGGUAUGAGGGGACCUGGCCUAGGCCCGGGUCCACUACCCAAGAUGAACAAGAGGAUGACGAGACUGGGCAUGAUGUAA